AUGGGCGGAAGAAAGAAAACCACUGAGGUUAGUUUUGCUCAACGUGUUUAUGACUCAUAUUCACUUGCAUUAGUCCAUGCAGAACAACCUAAGCCUUCAGCAACUGUUGCACCUAUAGUGUCUUCUUACAAUGAGAAGAUUCGUCCAGUUCUUGAUGCCGUUGAAAACCUUAGGCGCCUUAACAUUGCAAAAGAGGGGAUUCAGCUUCCUACCAUUGUUGUUGUUGGUGACCAAUCUUCUGGCAAGUCAAGUGUUCUAGAAUCUCUUGCUGGUAUUAGUUUGCCACGUGGCCAAGGAAUUUGUACCAGGGUGCCCUUGGUUAUGAGGCUCCAAAACCACCCUCUUCCAAAGCCUGAGCUUGUGUUAGAGUUCAAUGGUAAAAGCAUUUCAACUGAUGAAGCACAUGUUUCUGAUGCAAUAAAUAUUGCCACAGAAGAGCUUGCAGGCCUUGGAAAAGGGAUUUGCAACACCCCUUUGACUUUGUUGGUGAAGAAGAAUGGUGUUCCUGAUCUGGCAAUGGUUGAUCUUCCUGGGAUAACCCGGGUCCCAGUUCAUGGACAACCUGAGAAUAUUUAUGACCAGAUUAAGGACAUGAUCAUGGAGUAUAUAAAGCCAGAAGAAAGCAUUAUCUUAAAUGUUCUCUCUGCCUCUGUUGAUUUUACUACUUGUGAGUCCAUUAGGAUGUCUCAGAGUGUUGAUAAAACUGGAUUGAGAACACUGGCUGUGGUCACGAAAGCUGACAAGUCUCCUGAAGGCUUGUUAGAGAAGGUUACUGCCGAUGAUGUGAACAUUGGCCUUGGUUAUGUGUGUGUGAGAAACCGCAUUGGAGACGAGUCUUAUGAGGAAGCCAGAAUGGAAGAGAAUGUGCUGUUUGAGUCUCACCCACUUCUUUCCAAAAUAGAUAAAUCUAUUGUUGGUAUUCCAGUUUUGGCUCAAAAGCUGGUUCAGGUUCAAGCUAUGAUUAUAUCCAAAACAUUGCCAGGGAUUGUGAAGAAGAUCAAUGAGAAGCUUGCUAACAAUUUGUCUGAGUUAGAAAAACUGCCUGUUAACUUGACCUCAGUAGCUGAUGCCAUGACUGCUUUCAUGCAAAUUAUUGGAUUAUCGAAAGAGGCACUUAGAAAGGUUCUUCUCAGAGGUGAAUUUGAUGAGUACCCUGAGAACAAAAAAAUGCAUUGCACCGCUCGGUUGGUGGAAAUGCUUGAUUCUUACUCACGUGAUCUUUACAACUGUGCUGAAAGUGAUGCCACAAAGAAUUUUCUGAUGGAUGAGAUAAAGGUCCUUGAGGAAGCGAAGUGGAUAGGUCUGCCUAAUUUCAUGCCACGCACUGCUUUUCUUACUAUACUGCAAAGGAAGGUCAAUGGCAUUGCAAAGAUGCCUAUAGGCUUUGUUGAUAAUGUAUGGAAUUAUCUUGAGGAAGUUGUGAUUUCUAUCCUAAUGCGUCACUCUGAGAAUUAUUAUCAGCUUCAGCUGUCAACAAAGCGUGCUGGGGAGGCUCUUAUUACCAAGAAGAAGGAAAAUUCAAUCAAGCAUGUUUUGGAAACUGUUGAAAUGGAGAAGCAUACGGAUUACACGUGUAACACCGACUUCAUGGAGCAAUACAAUAAGCUAAUAUCUCAGCAAGAUGUUUUUUUGAAUGCAGUUUUCAACAAUGUGGAUAAACCGUCCCGUGUGAAUCUUGAACGAGUUGGGGAUAUUGAUGUUGGUCAUCUGAGGGCGUACUCUUCAUCUGUGGUUGCUCAGAGUUUUGAUUUAAAGGUGAGAAUGAUUUCAUAUUGGAAGAUUGUACAAAGGAGGCUGAUAGAUAGUAUUGCUCUUCAUUUGAUGCUUAGUAUUAACAAGCUUGUUAACAUGGAUUUCGAGAAAGAAAUUGUUUAUGAUCUGUUAUCUCCAAAAGGUGGUGGAGUUGAGAGAUUGCUGGAGGAAUCUCCUUCUAUUUCUGGCAAGCGUGAAAAGCUUCGACGGACUGUCCAUGUUUUGAGGGAGAGCAAGGAAACGGUGGCUAACAUAAUGGAUCGAAUUGGAGCCUACGGUGAUGUUUAGAAGUUUUCUUCAAUGUUGGUCAUAUUAUCCCGUCCUGCUGCCGAAGCCUUUAGUUAUAUUGAAGUACAAAAAAUUUGAAGUUGGUUAUUUUCAAUUAUUUAUUUGUGUGGCUUCUCGUGCCUUUAAUAUAUUAUCAUCCUAAUGCUUGCUUUCAUUUGGUCAAUUUAAAAUUUAGAACAAUAUAAUAGUAGAUUCAGAAAGGAACUAUGUUGUCAUUUGAUGCUAAAAAUGUUUACAAUUUUUCAACCAGUUAUUCCAAUGACUCUUAGGGAAGAAGCUUGUAAAAGGCUAAUAUUAUAGGAAUAAUAAUAAAGCUGAAAAUCUAUAAAUCCGUAUGUUUGUACCAUCAUUUUUUUAAAUGUUUGUAAAUUACAUAAAUAUUUACAUAAUAUGAUAUUCAUUUCGGUUCUUUUUAUAAGGAACAAAAGACGAAAUCAUCAAGACCAAGAAAAGUAAUGAAAUAUGUUAUUUUUUUUUAUAAAUAUAAAUUUUAUUAUAAAAAUACUCGAUAUUAAACUAUGUAGUUAGUAAUUUAUAUAUUUAAUGAUAUUAUAAAAAAAAUUUAACAAUUAAUGUAUCUUUAAUUUAUCAUUUGUUUCUUAUAAUAAGGACAAAAAAAUAUUUUAUUUUAUUUUUUGUAAAAAAGACUAGGAAAGUAGGUUUUAAAUCUUACAUGAAGCAGUCGAUGAGUUUUUUUUAUUGCCCUAAUAUUCACAUGCAACACCAAAAGUAGUUUAAUUAAGCAUAAAAAUUUCAUUUUAUAUAAGACUUAAUAAAAAUAUCUUUAUUGCAAUUGGGAAAGUGCUAGUUGUACGUAGUUCAAAUUAAAAAAUUGAUUUACCCUUAUCUCGGGUGUUGUUUUUGUGUUGAGGCGUAUAACUUGAUUUCCCAAAAUUAUAUAGUUAAAGGGAAUCCCCCUGCCCCUCUUAAUCACCAUAGCAGGGAAAAAAGGACAAAAAAAAUACCAUUAUACAGAGCAGUGAAGAAACACACACUACGGUCUACAUUAUGAAAUCAUCAUGUCAA